AUGUGUGAACGCUGUGAACGUGGUUACUAUGGAAAUGCUUUAGCUGGCACACCUCAUGACUGCCAAGUAUGUCCAUGUCCUAAUCAAGGCCCUUGCUAUCAAUACAAUAGCGAUACUGUCAUAUGUCUGGAGUGCCCCAAAGGAUAUGCUGGAGAACGAUGUGAUCAGUGCAGUGAUGGUUACUAUGGUGAUGUUGAUGGCAACUCUGGUUCAAUAAAGUUGUGUAAACCUUGUGACUGUAACAUGAAUGUUGACCAAAAUGCAGUUGGAAUCUGUGAUUCUGUUACUGGAGAAUGUUUGAAAUGUAUUUAUAACACUGAUGGUCCACAUUGUGAUCAAUGUUUACCCGGAUUUUAUGGUGAUGCUUUGGCUUUACCAAAAGAAUGGGAUAUAUGUAAGCCAUGUAUGUGUGACCCUAUUGGUACUGAACAAUCAGGAGAUGGGCCGCUUUUGUGUAAUCAAAUAACUGGACAGUGUCAGUGCAAACCGAAUGUUACUGGCAUAAAAUGCAACCAAUGUCAACCUGGAUACUUCAACAUAGAAAGUGGACGAGGGUGCCAACCUUGCGACUGCCAUCCAGUUGGUUCCUACAAUAAUACCUGUGAUGUUCAAACCGGACAGUGCCACUGCAAACCUGGGAUAACCGGGCGUUUAUGUGACCAUUGCCAGGACAACUAUUUUGGAUUUGGUGGACUUGGAGUAGAGGGGUGCUUACCGUGUAAUUGUGAUGAAAUUGGAUCCAAGCAUCUUCAAUGUGACCAGAAUGGUAAUUGUGAGUGUUCUGAAAAUGUUGAAGGCAGAAGAUGUGAUCGUUGUAAAGAAAAUAAAUAUGAUCGUCAAAGGAAUUGUAUAGAUUGUCCUGUAUGUUACAACCUGGUGCAGGAAUCAGUUGAUCAGCACAGGGCAAAUUUGGAGAAACUAGAAAACCUACUGAAGAAUAUAAAAGAAAACCCAAGUAUUGUUAACAAUGAAGAAAGUUUUGAACGAGAUCUAAAAGAAGUUCAAGAAGAAGUCGAAAAACUUUGGAAUGAUGCAAAAACAUAUUCGGGAGAUGAUUCUAAAUUAAAAGACAGAAUAGAUGAAACUGAGAAAAAAUUAGAAGCCUUAGAAGAAAUACUUUCUAAAGUAGACCAAGAUAUAGAAGAAACAGAUGAUUUAGUCCAGGCUGCUGAAAGAAAUACUACUGAUAUUAAAGAAAAAAUUGAACAUGCUGUGGUUGAAAUACAAAACACAAUGGAUUAUAUUCUCACUGACGGAGUUGCUGCCCUGGAAAAAGCUAGAAACAGGUCAAUUGAAUUUGGCACUCAAAAUCAGCAGAUGUCAGAUAUUGCUUCCCAUGCCAGAACAACUGUACAAAAGCAAUUGGAAGAAGCAGAGCAGACCAAAGCCAUUGCUGAAAUGGCAUUAAAUAUAUCAAAUCAAGGUUUCUUACUUUCACAAGAGGCAACAAAAAAACAAUUGAACUCCAGUUUAGCUUUAGAGUCUUUGAACUCUGAACUUGCUAACACUCGUUUGCGAAUGGAUGAAAUGGAAAAACUUGUGCAAUCAACUCUUAAUGAUGUAUCAGCUGCACAUAGUGAUGCCCUUUCAUUUGCAAUUGAAGUUAACAAUUUGAUCAUUCCAGAAGUUGAUUUUGCUAGGCUAAAAAGUGAAGCUCAGAAAGCAGAAGAAGAGGGAAAAAGAUUAGAAGAAGAAGCGAAUAGACUUGACAAUGAAUUUUCAAACGUUGCUGGAGAUGUUGACUCAAAAGUGAAUCGAAGUUUAGCAAUGUUAGAGGAAGGCAAAAAGUUGCAGCAAGAAGCAGAUGAGCUUUUGGCUGAAGCAGAUGCUGCUAAAGCAAAAGCAGCAGCUGCUGUUGAAUUAGGAGAUAAAAUUUUAAGAGAUGCUAAUGAGACAUUGGCAUCUUUGCAAGACUUUGACCAGCAAGUGAAGGAGAGCAAAGCAAAGGCCCUAACAGCAUUAGAAACUGUCCCGAAUAUUGAAACUUUGUUACAAGAAGCAAGAGAUAAAACUACAAAUGCAGAGGAAGCCCUAGCAGGUGCUGAAAAUAAUGCAAUAUAUGCUAGCACUACUGCACAAAGUGCUCAAAAGCAAUAUGCUCAACAGGCUUCAUCUGAAGCAACUGCAAUAAGGCAAAAGGCAGAAGAGACAAAGAAAGAUGCCAGUCUUUUGAGGGAUGAAGUAAGCAGCCUUGAAGAAAAAUUAUUAAUUAACAAAGAAAAACUUUCCAAGGUUGUUAACAAGGCUGAUGAAAACAACCAAUUUAUCGAAAAGGCUAAAGAAAAAGUCAGACAAGCUCAAACCAAAUCAGAAGAAGCAGCAGAACAAAUAAGUAAAGCAAUGGAAAGUCUUCAAUCAAUUACUAGAGAAUUGAAUGAACUUGCAGACAUAGAUGAAGAAUCUCUGAAUCAACUUGAAACAAAGUUAAAUCAGGCUGAAAAUGAAUUCAAUGAAGCCAACCUUGAUGAACAGCUUAGAGUUCUCACUAAUGCAAGGCUCCAACAGCAACAACGGCUAAGGAGCUAUGAAGAAGAGCUUGAGAGGUUGGUAGAUGAAGUAGAUAGAAUUAGGGUGAUUAAAGAAUCUUUACCAACAGGAUGUUUUAAGCGACCUAGUCUUGAAGUGUAA